AUGGAAAUACGGUUGAGCUCGUUCAAAAGAGAGCACUCGCUGAAAGAGCUGAUGUCGAAGGACAUGUCUGAGUAUUGGGCAACAGAUGAUGUGCUACCGCAUGCAAUACAAAUUUCGUUCAGAAAGGUUAGGUAUGUUCAGGCAGUGCAGCUGUUUCUGAGCUUUUCACAAGAUGACAGCUACACACCCGAGAGAGUUGAGAUCAGAGCAGGGAUGACUAGGGAAAGCAUCCACACAAUAGGGUCCGUCGUACUUAUUGAGCCUGAAGGGCUGGUCACACUCUGUGUUGCAAGGAGAUGCUUAUACAUCCAAGUAGUCAUCCAGUCAAACCAUCAAGAAGGAAAGGACAGCCAUGUAAGACACAUAAAGGUUCUGGAGUCGUUAACAAAGGAAAUAUACCACAGGGUGUAA